UACCAUAACUUUUUGUUGGGUCUACGGUAUUUGAAUCAUUGCUUCGAUGAAAAAGUUAUUACUUUCUGCGCGCAAUCACUGAUUUUACGUUCGAUUAAUCAUUAUCACAAUGCUGUAAAUAUAAAUUGGCGAAAAAUAUUCGCAAGUUAAUACUGUGAUAACGCAUAUAAAACGUACCUGCAUUGUAUAUAUACCCGUAAUAAUUGACUUAUUGUAUCAUAAUUUUCACGUGGUAGUGAAGUUUACCUUUUCGAACUUGGCGGUAUUCGUAUUAUGAGGGGAAUGACUGAUCACUGCAUUUUGGAUAUAAUGGACUUCGACGACAAUAACUGGUCGUUGGAUGACGAGUGCCUCAUGCCACCAGACGAUGAUUUUCUACAAGCGCUGAGCUCGGAAUUGGAGAUACCUUUACUUUUAGGCGGUGAAGGAUCUCCGAGUCACGAUGAAACUCCUGACGAAAUAAUGAAGGACGCAGUAUUGCAGGAAAACUUGCCUACUCUUGACGAACUCGGAGUUGACCCCAUACAAUGGGGUCCAGAUGCCUUUCCUAAUCUUUCUGCGGCUGAUUUGGAUAUAAAGAAUGAAGUCAAAGAUGAAAUUAAAACCGAGCCAGGAAGUCCACAUUCUCAACUGCCACCAUCUCCUAGCCCGAGCAACUCAGACUCCAGUGGAUCCGAAUGGCAACAUGAUAAUUCUACUACUUCAUCUACAGACGUUAAGUUUACUUUAGAAACGCCGCCAAUAUCACCACCGCAAAACGAUUCACCUCCAAUAUCUCCGAAGCCUGGUUUGAACCCCGCUCUUUUACAGCCGAUUAAAUUGGUUUCCAUAAACAGUCCGAAUCCUGCAAAUUUUGUAUUAUCCAAAGGAAAUUCUGCAAAGAGAGUUUGCAUUCAGCCAAAGCUGAGUACGACGCUGAAUGUCGGAGAAGAGGCGCCUAGGAAAACAAUUGUUCUUAGUGCUCAGGAUUUUGCUGCUCUUACGCAGAAGGUAAAGCAAAACAAUGCUUGCCAGCCGUUAAAAAUCCAAUCUGUAGCACCACUGAAGCUACCACCAAAUGCACAGAUAAAAAUUCAGAAUCCUAGAAAUGUUCAAUCCACACCACAAAUAAAGACGGAACCAAAUACAAUUAAAAUCACAUCAUCGAGUCAAGUUAAAAUCCUAAAUUCAAUUCCAAAAGUCCAAAUACAAAAUACCGAGCCACUUGUUUCUGUACCUAAUGGUUGCACACAGAUAAUGAUAAAAAAUGAACCAGAGUUGAUAAAUCUGAGUGGCAAGCAAGAAUGUGAAAUAAAAGCAUUAAAAAGGCAACAAAGAAUGAUAAAAAAUCGGGAAUCUGCCUGUUUGUCACGGAAAAAGAAGAAAGAGUAUGUGACUUCACUGGAAAAACAAAUUGCAGAUUUGCAGGAUGAAAAUGCACAGUUGAAAAUGGAAAAUAUCGCGUUGAGAGAAAGAUUGUGUGCCACUGAGGAAAUGACUGGGACAAGUAAAAAAUUAGGAAGCCUAAAUCUUGGAGCCAAUCGAAAAAAUACAGCAAUCUUACUUGCCAUGGUUUUUAUGGUUUCUUUGAAUGUUGGAAGCUUAGGGGGAUUAUUUUCACAAAACAAACGACUAGAUGCAAUGUCAAAUCACUUACCUGUCUCCAUGCCUAAUGUUAGACAUGGCAGAUCACUGCUAUGGACAGACAUGGACAAGCAGGAGAGUGGAGACCAUAAAGAACAGUUUAAUAAAACAACAUCUAUCCACCAUCCGAUGUGUCCCAUGUAUAUUAAUCAAACCGAAUCCAUCAGACUGGAUAGUGAACUGAGACGUUGGAUUGGAGGAGAUCCAGAUAGGGAUAACUGGACGAAAGCCGAAUCCGAAACAGAUUUAGGAACUAAGUCUUUGGGAGAAUUACUUUUUUCAAAACCGUCACUUGUAAGAGAACGGUUGAACAGUAAACCGAAAUUACCCCCUAAGAAAAAAAUGGAGCCAACACCAAAGACCGACAGUAUUGCCACAUCGAAUAGCAAUGCUGUUGAAGUCUUUUCACCAACUCUUACAGAACAUGCUUCGUUGUUUGAUGCUUUGAGAAGACGUGAUGACACUUUUUAUGUCGUCUGGUUUAGCGGCGAACAUUUACUCUUACCUGCAUCAAGACAAAACAAAACAGCAAGGCCUAGAAUGUCUCUUGUUCUACCUGCUGUACCUGUUAACGGUACAUUUUCCACUCCUGCUAAUCAUGUGACAAUGAUGCAAAUAGAUUGCGAGGUAACGAAUACACAGUUGCUACACUUAAAGGAGUCUGUUAUUCCGGAGCACCUGCGUCGUAAUCAGCAAUCUACCGAUCAUACAUCUAAAACUGAUAAUGAUCAUGUGCCAACAACUGCAAAUGUUACGAAAAAUUAUAAACCCUAUUUCGUUAAAGAAAAUGUUACCGCGACCGAUUUUAAUGAAAAAAAUUAUAAAAAUCCUUACAUGAUGAAGGCUAAGGACGCUUAUCGCCCUAAAGAACCGUCGUACUUACUUCGAAGCAAGUUUAUGCCAAAUUUUGACCUAGAAAACUCAAAAGAUAAUUCUUAUGAUGUGAAAUCACAAGAUGAUGUAAAAUCAGAAAUUUUCACUCCUGGUAUUGACAGGUUAAAAGCGCCAUACUCCCAAACAGGCAGAAAAUUAAGAAGGAGACGGAAUCUACUAAACCCUUGAAUUAUUGUUAAAUUAUAAUGCAUUGUAAAUAGUUACUUUCUUUUUAACUCUUGGUGCGUUAAUCACCAAAGCACAAUGGACUACUGUGUGUAAUAAGUUUGACAAUUUUGUGUGACAAUUAAUAUGUAGAAAAUUUUUACGUGAAAUCAGAAAAUUGCCUAACAAUUUUCUUCACUUUACGUACAAUUGUAUGUACCUUUAUGAAUUACCAUUGCACUAGUUAUUAUUACGGUAACACCUGUUGUACAAUAACUGGAAAACUACAUCUAUGUUUACUUAGCAUUAAGUAGAAACUGAUACUAGUAGAUGAUAUUUAAUAUUCAGUAUUUCCUAAUCAAUAUGUCAGCAUGUACAACGGAUUGAUAGGGUCAUUAGUUGAGAUCUAAUGAUCGACGAGACAAACUUAUUAAGUAAGUAUGCCGAAUUUAAUUUAGUACUUAGAUUUGUCUUAAAAAUGCAUUUCGUAUAAUGAAUUCGUAGCCGUUACUCCAAUUGCAAGGUAAUCAAGUUUUUUACCCCACAUUCAAUAUCCAGUAAAAAAUAUUGUUGUUUUGAAUUUAACGUAUUUGAGUCCUUGUAAAGGUUAAAACUUAUCGAAUUACUUAAGUCACGUGAAAAAUACUUUUGUAAAUAACAGAACUAUAAGUUUAUCGGUGGUAAUGAAAAUAAACUCCGCAAGCAUGUAUACAUAGUCCAAAUGACAAGUCUACAAUUAUAAAUAAUAUGUAUUCUAAUCAAUUUCACAGAAUGUAAUAUAUUAAAGGGAUCAUUUCUC